UCACCAGUGAUCUAUCUAACGCGGGAGUGCCUGUCGAUUUGCAAGUGUAUUUCGUUAAAUGUCUCUGGGCGCCGAUCGUUCGUACAAAAUGAAGCUGCGUGAUGUGGAAAACGCCUUCAAAUAUCGCCGCAUACCGUAUCCGAAGCGAUCCGUGGAACUGAUUGCCCUGCUGGCCAUAUCGUGCACCUUCUUCCUCUUUAUGCACACCAACAAGCUGAACAGCCGUCUCAAGGAGAUGGAGGUGAAGCUGCAGCCCUCCGAGUUCUCCGCCCUCGGCCUGACCAGCAAUCACGUCAGCGGCCACGAUGCGGGCAAACACGACGAUAUCAACACUCUGCAUGGCACCUACCAAUAUUUGAAAAGCACUGGCCAGAUGUCGUCGCUCAAUGUUCGGGACCUGAACAACACCCGGCUGGCGCAAAUGGAACUGGUGUUCUUCAAUCGAGUGCCAAAGGUUGGCAGUCAGACAUUUAUGGAGCUCCUCCGACGUCUAUCUGAGCGUAACAACUUUCAAUUCCAUCGCGAUGCAGUGCAAAAGGUGGAGACCAUCCGCCUGGCCGAGGAUCAGCAGCAGGAAAUGGCCGAGGUUAUCAGUGAGCUGCCCGAGCCCUCGGUCUUCAUCAAGCACGUGUGCUUCACCAAUUUCACCAAGUUCAAUCUGCCCAAGCCGAUCUAUCUGAAUGUGGUGCGCGAUCCAGUCGAGCGCGUUAUCAGCUGGUUUUACUACGUGAGGGCUCCCUGGUACUUUGUGGAACGUAAGGCUGCCUUUCCCGAUCUACCGCUGCCACACCCGGCAUGGCUGAAGAAGGACUUUGAAACGUGUGUCCUGAGCGGAGAUCAGGAGUGCACCUAUACACAAGGUGUCACGGUGGAGGGCAUUGGCGAUCAUCGCCGCCAGAGCCUGUUCUUCUGCGGCCAUGACUACGAGUGCACUCCCUUUAAUACGGUGGGUGCCUUGGAGAAGGCCAAAUUUGCUGUGGAACAGCAAUAUGCUGUUGUUGGGGUGCUCGAAGAUCUCAAUACAACGCUCUCUGUGCUGGAAAAGUAUGUGCCACGAUUCUUUGAGGGCGUCCGCGAUAUAUAUGCAACCAGUGCCGAGUACCUAACGAAGAUCAACAAGAAUAACUUUAAGCCACCCGUCAGCGAGAGUGUGAAGGAUAUAGUGAGACGCAACUUCACCAACGAGAUCGAGUUCUAUCAGUUCUGUCGCCAGAGGCUCCACAAACAAUAUCUGGCCGCCCAUCUGCCACAGCGUAUUAUCACAGACUCGGCACAUCAGCCCGGCCUUGGUGGUAAUUAGGAUCAAAUAUUGCAAAUGCAUUGUAUAGACGAACAAACAAACACUCAAAAU